AAUCUGGCCUAUAAAUUCCCUCACUCUUCCCUCACCUAAAUCAUCACCAGCUGCUGGAUCCUUGUCAAGGUAACAAGAGUCCAAGAUGGGGAUGCCUAGAAGAGAAUUAUUGUUUCUGAUUUUGCAGCUCAUGACUGCAAGAGGAUCAGGUUCAGUUGUUUCCAGCUGUGAUGCGUGCCACGAAAAAGCAACGUGCCAAGAGUCACCCGAAAGAGGCGACUCCUUUGUCGGCUUCUCGUGUGUCUGCAAAGAUGGCUUUGUUGGCGAUGGUCUCAGCUGUUACAAUACCUUAGUCUGUAGCGAUGGUUCCUGUUGUAGUCAAGGUUAUGAAUGGGCACCUGGCAGUGGCUGCGUGGACAUUGACGAGUGCUCGCUCCCUGACUCACCAUGCACGGCACCUCGGGUUUGCCAAAACGCGCCAGGCUCCCAUGAAUGCUUCGAGCCUGCCUCACUCUCUAGAUCUGGCCUUUCCUCACAAUCAGUCCAGUUCAGUUGUGGAAACACAGUGUGUCCAGCAGGUAUGGACUGCAUUGGAAAUAACGGGACAAGAUGUGCUGACCCUUGUGAGAGCUACACCGUCCUGGAUGAUGACUGGCGUUCGACACAGUUUAGAUAUGCUAAUUCCAACCAAGCAAAAUGUGACCGAAAUAUUGAGUGGCGAGGCUGGUAUCGUCUGUUUCUGGGAGACAACAGUGCACAUAUUCCUGAGAGAUGUAUAGAGGAAAACAUGUGUGGAACCCAUGCACCUUUGUGGAUAACGCAACCUCAUCCUACACAGUCUAAUGUAAUUGCAACUCGUUCUGUGUGUAAUGCUUGGAACGGAGACUGCUGCCAGUUUCCAUCACACAAUAUCCAUGUUAAGCUUUGCUCUACAGCAGCUACCAGCUACUACGUGUACAAACUUGUGAAGCCAUCUACAUGCCGUCUUGCUUACUGUGCAGAGUUUAAUGGAACUCGUUAUUCAACACCGGAACCUGAAAUUACUUCAACCCCUUCAGCAUCUGUCAACAUUGAAACGGCAGAGAAUUACCAUACCCCACUAACAACAUCAGCACCCACAAUAAAUGAAGGCGAGGUCCGCCUGGCUAAUGGAGAAAACAGCUCCUGCUCUGGCAGAGUAGAAAUCUUCCACCGUGGACAGUGGGGAACAGUGUGUGACGAUAUCUGGGACCUGAAGCAUGCGCAAGUGGUGUGCAGACAGUUGGGCUGCGGCAGGGCCCUGGCAGCCCCCCAGAGGGCUCACUUUGGACAGGGCAGUGGCCCCAUUUGGUUGGAUAAUGUCAGAUGCACCGGAAGUGAAUCAAAGCUGGGUGAGUGCAAUCACCAAGGAAUUGGAUCGCACAACUGUGGUCACAAUGAGGAUGCCGGAGUGGUUUGUGAAGCUGCUUCACCCGUGAGGCUGGUCAACUCUGACCACCGCUGCUCUGGAAGAGUUGAGGUCUACCAUAAUGGACAAUGGGGGACUGUGUGUGAUGACAUAUGGGGCCUCACCAAUGCCAAAGUGGUGUGUAGACAGUUGGACUGCGGCAGGGCUCGUUCAGCACUGCACAGUGCAGCCUUUGGACAGGGCAGUGGACCCAUCUGGUUGGAUGAUGUCCGUUGUCUUGGAAAUGAAACUUCAAUAACAAGCUGCCAACAUCGUGGAUUUGGGAGACACAACUGUGUACACAGGGAGGAUGCCAGCGUUGUUUGUGAAGAAACGCUACCUUCACUCAGACCUUCUCAGCUUAUUUGUGGCCCUGACAAAAUCCGAGUGGCCCUGGAUUCCGUGAGCAUAACACGCGCCGGUUAUAACCCGCUCUCUGGCAACCUGGCAGUCCGCAACUGUUCCUGGGUCAGGGUGCAAGGUGAUGUCGUGUGGUACGAAGCUGACGCUCAGGCAGAUGCUUGCGGAAACACACUGACGACCAACCGCACACACACCAUCUACUCCAACAGUUUAUUUAUCUACCCAUUGAACAACACAGCAUUCUCUCCCGCUGUGAGUCUUCCUUUCUCGUGCGCCUAUCCCCUGGACGCAGACAGCAGGCUGAACGUGGCCAUCAGACCAUCCCUUGCGUUGGACGGUGGUAUUAUUGGCUCAGGUUACAAAGCCAGAGCCUCCAUGGUCCUCUUCCACAACUCCAACUUUACAGAGCCUUAUUCAGCGGGCGCGGUCGUCCUUCCAGUGGGCUCGCCGUUGUAUGUUGGGGUCUCUGUGGACAAAAGAGAUCCCAGCUUGGCACUUGUUUUGGAGAAUUGCUUUGCCUCUCACUCCUCAAACCCUGAUCACCCCGAGCGAUACUCUCUAAUUCACAACAAAUGUCCCGCUGACCGCCAACAAGUGUCCGUGGUUGAGAGUGGCUCAUCCCUCCGGGCUCGUUUCUCUGCUUUGUUCUUCCUGGUUCAGGGGGAAUAUCGAAGUAUUUACCUCCACUGUGGCCUCAGCCUGUGUGACCGGAGGAGGUUCUCUUGCAUUCCGCCUUGCACAAGGAGAGUAAAACGCUCUGUCUCAACCUCUGCUCCAAUGAAGCCACUCAGCGUUGGUCCAAUCAAAUGGGAGAAAUCGUCUGAGUGACAUCCAUUUAAAGGAAUAACAUUGUUGGACUGGUAUUAUUCAACAACCAGAAUAGCAAAAAUGAUGAGAUCUACUGUAGUUCAUAUGCAUUAGAAUAAAUUGUAUCCUAUUGUCAACUACCUCUAAACUAUUAAUGGCCACUAAGGGAAUGUAUAAUUUCACACCCACAGAAUUAUAAUAAAAAGCAAAGAUUACAUAAGCA